GUUCGCCUGAGGCGCUGCGGCGGUCCCUGAGGCGCAGAGUUGCGACGCUCGGCAGCAUAGGGGGCGGCUCCACCGACACUACGCGGACGCCUCCUUCCGCAGAUACACAGUCAUCAUCUUACUAGUUCUCUGUGUUGCUCGCUAACCAGUCCCCCAGUUCAGUCGACUGGGGCCCAAAGCCUGCUUACUUGACAGGUGUUUAUUUUGUCUUGCUUUUUUUUUUUUUAAAUGAAGUCAAAAUGCCAAUAAGACCAGAUCUCCAGCAGUUGGAAAAAUGCAUUGAUGAUGCUUUAAGAAAAAAUGAUUUCAAACCUUUGAAAACACUUUUGCAAAUUGAUAUUUGUGAAGAUGUGAAGAUUAAAUGCAGCAAACAGUUUUUCCACAAGGUGGACAACCUUAUAUGCAGGGAACUUAAUAAAGAGGAUAUCCACAAUGUUUCAGCCAUUUUGGUUUCUGUUGGAAGAUGUGGCAAAAAUAUCAGUGUAUUGGGGCAAGCUGGACUUCUAACGAUGAUAAAACAAGGACUAAUACAAAAGAUGGUUGCCUGGUUUGAAAAAUCCAAGGACAUUAUUCAGAGUCAAGGAAAUUCAAAAGAUGAAGCUGUUCUAAAUAUGAUAGAAGACUUAGUUGAUCUUCUGCUGGUCAUACAUGAUGUCAGUGAUGAAGGUAAAAAACAAGUAGUGGAAAGUUUCGUACCUCGCAUUUGUUCCCUGGUUAUUGACUCAAGAGUGAAUAUUUGUAUUCAGCAAGAGAUAAUAAAAAGAAUGAAUGCUAUGCUUGACAAAAUGCCUCAAGAUGCCCGGAAAAUACUCUCUAACCAAGAAAUGUUAAUUCUCAUGAGUAGUAUGGGAGAAAGGAUUUUAGAUGCUGGAGAUUAUGACUUACAGGUAGGCAUUGUAGAAGCUUUGUGUAGAAUGACCACAGAAAAACAAAGACAAGAACUGGCACAUCAGUGGUUUUCAAUGGAUUUUAUUGCUAAGGCAUUUAAAAGAAUUAAGGACUCUGAAUUUGAAACAGAUUGCAGGAUAUUUCUCAACCUUGUAAAUGGCAUGCUUGGAGACAAAAGAAGGGUCUUUACAUUUCCUUGUUUAUCAGCAUUUCUUGAUAAAUAUGAGCUGCAAAUACCAUCAGAUGAAAAACUUGAGGAAUUUUGGAUUGAUUUUAAUCUUGGGAGUCAGACUCUCUCAUUCUACAUUGCUGGAGAUAAUGAUGAUCAUCAAUGGGAAGCAGUUACUGUGCCAGAGGAAAAAGUACAAAUAUACAGCAUUGAAGUGAGAGAAUCAAAGAAGCUACUGACAAUAAUUCUGAAAAAUACAGUAAAAAUUAGCAAAAGAGAAGGGAAAGAAUUGCUUUUGUAUUUUGAUGCAUCACUAGAAAUCACUAAUGUAACUCAAAAAAUUUUUGGUGCAAAUAAACAUAGGGAAUCUAUCAGAAAACAAGGUAUUUCAGUUGCCAAAACGUCGCUGCAUAUACUUUUUGAUGCAAGUGGAUCACAGAUUCUAGUGCCAGAAAGUCAAAUCUCACCAGUCGGAGAAGAGCUCGUUAGUUUAAAGGAAAAAUCAAAGUCCCCAAAGGAAUUUGCUAAACCUUCAAAAUAUAUCAAAAACAGUGACAAAGGGAAUAGAAAUAAUAGUCAGCUUGAGAAAAUUACUCCUAGCAAAAGAAAAAUGUCUGAAGCAUCAAUGAUUGUUUCUGGUGCAGAUAGAUACACUAUGAGAAGUCCAGUACUUUUCAGCAACACAUCAAUACCACCACGAAGAAGAAGAAUUAAACCACCACUGCAAAUGACGAGUUCUGCAGAGAAACCUAAUGUUUCUCAAACAUCAGAAAAUAGAGUGGAUAAUGCUGCAUCACUGAAAUCUAGAUCAUCAGAAGAAAGACAUAGAAGAGAUAAUACAGACAAACAUAUCAAAACUGCUAAGUGUGUAGAAAACACAGAAAAUAAGAAUGUUGAAUUCCCAAACCAAAAUUUUAGUGAACUCCAGGAUGUUAUACCAGAUUCACAGCCAGUGGAAAAAAGAGAUCAUGCUAUAUUACCUGGUGUUUUAGACAACAUCUGUGGAAAUAAAAUACACAGCAAAUGGGCAUGUUGGACACCUGUAACAAACAUUGAACUAUGUAAUAACCAAAGAGCAAGUACUUCAUCAGGAGACACAUUGAAUCAAGAUAUUGUUAUAAAUAAAAAACUUACUAAACAAAAAUCAUCCUCUUCAAUAUCUGAUCAUAAUUCUGAAGGAACAGGAAAAGUGAAAUAUAAGAAAGAACAAACCGACCAUAUCAAAAUAGAUAAAGCAGAAGUAGAAGUUUGCAAGAAACACAAUCAGCAACAAAAUCAUCCUAAAUAUUCAGGGCAGAAAAAUACUGAAAAUGCCAAGCAGAGUGAUUGGCCUGUUGAAUCUGAAACUACUUUUAAAUCGGUUCUCCUAAAUAAGACAAUUGAAGAAUCGCUGAUAUAUAAGAAGAAAUACAUAUUGUCAAAAGAUGUGAAUACUGCUACUUGCGAUAAAAAUCCAUCUGCUAGCAAAAAUGUGCAAAGUCAUAGAAAAGCAGAGAAAGAAUUGACUUCUGAGCUUGAUUCCUGGGAUUUGAAACAAAAAAAAAUGAGAGAAAAGUCAAAAGGGAAAGAAUUUACCGAUGUAGCAGAAUCCUUGAUAAGCCAAAUCAAUAAAAGAUACAAAACAAAAGAUGACAUCAAGUCUACAAGAAAAUUAAAGGAGUCUUUGAUUAACAGUGAUUUUUCAAACAAACCUGUUGUACAACUCAGUAAGGAAAAAGUUCAGAAAAAAAGCUACAGAAAACUGAAGACUACCUUUGUUAAUGUUACUUCUGAAUGCCCAGUGAAUGAUGUUUACAAUUUUAAUUUGAAUGGAGCUGAUGACCCUAUCAUAAAACUUGGAAUCCAAGAGUUUCAAGCUACAGCUAAAGAAGCUUGUGCGGAUAGGUCAAUUAGAUUGGUAGGUCCAAGGAAUCAUGAUGAACUUAAAUCUUCUGUCAAAACAAAAGAUAAAAAAAUUAUAACAAAUCAUCAAAAGAAAAAUCUGUUUAGUGAUACUGAAACAGAGUACAGAUGUGAUGACAGCAAGACUGAUAUUAGCUGGCUAAGAGAACCAAAAUCAAAACCACAGCUAAUAGACUAUAGCAGAAAUAAAAAUGUGAGGAAUCAUAAAAGUGGAAAAUCAAGAUCAUCCUUGGAAAAGGGACAGCCAAGCUCUAAAAUGACACCCAGUAAAAAUAUCAUGAAAAAGACGGACAAGACAAUUCCGGAAGGAAGAAUCAGACUUCCACGAAAAGCAACCAAAACAAAAAAAAAUUAUAAAGAUCUCUCAAAUUCAGAAUCAGAGUGUGAACAAGAAUUUUCACAUUCAUUUAAAGAGAACAUACCAGUAAAGGAGGAGAAUAUCCAUUCCAGAAUGAAAACGGUAAAGCUACCAAAGAAACAACAGAAAGUCUUCUGUGCUGAAACAGAAAAGGAACUAUCAAAACAAUGCAAAAACUCAUCUCUACUAAAAGAUGCUAUACGAGAUAAUUGCCUUGACUUAUCUCCCAGAUCUUUAUCUGGCAGUCCAUCAUCUAUAGAAGUAACGAGAUGUAUAGAGAAAAUAACAGAAAAGGAUUUUACUCAGGAUUAUGACUGCAUAACAAAAUCUAUAUCACCUUAUCCAAAAACUUCAUCACUUGAAUCCUUAAAUAGUAACAGUGGAGUUGGAGGUACAAUAAAGUCACCCAAAAACAAUGAGAAAAACUUCCUGUGUGCAAGUGAAAGUUGUUCACCAAUUCCACGACCACUGUUUUUGCCCAGACAUACUCCAACUAAGAGUAAUACUAUUGUAAAUAGAAAAAAAAAAAGUUCUCUGGUACUUACACAAGAAACACAAAACUGUAACAGCUAUUCAGAUGUAAGCAGUUAUAGUUCAGAAGAACGGUUUAUGGAAAUUGAAUCUCCACAUAUCAAUGAAAAUUAUAUACAAAGCAAAAGAGAGGAAAGUCAUUUAGCAUCUUCAUUAUCCAAGUCUAGUGAAGGAAGAGAGAAAACGUGGUUUGAUAUGCCCUGUGAUGCUACUCAUGUAUCAGGCCCCACCCAACAUCUUAGUCGCAAAAGAAUAUAUAUAGAAGAUAAUCUAAGUAAUUCCAAUGAAGUAGAAAUGGAAGAGAAAGGAGAAAGGAGAGCAAACUUGCUUCCCAAAAAACUGUGUAAAAUUGAAGAUGCAGAUCAUCAUAUCCACAAAAUGUCUGAAAGUGUAUCUUCAUUAUCAACAAAUGACUUUUCUAUUCCUUGGGAGACCUGGCGAAAUGAAUUUGCAGGUAUAGAGAUGACUUAUGAGACUUACGAGAGGCUCAAUUCAGAAUUUAAGAGAAGGAAUAAUAUCCGACAUAAAAUGUUGAGUUAUUUUACUACGCAGUCUUGGAAAACAGCUCAGCAACAUCUGAGAACAAUAAAUCAUCAAAGUCAGGACUCUAGGAUUAAAAAACUUGAUAAAUUCCAAUUCAUUAUCAUAGAGGAGCUGGAGAAUUUUGAAAAAGAUUCACAGUCUUUAAAAGAUUUGGAAAAGGAAUUUGUGGACUUUUGGGAAAAGAUAUUUCAGAAGUUCAGUGCAUAUCAAAAAAGCGAACAACAGAGGCUUCAUCUUUUGAAAACUUCAUUGGCUAAAAGUGUCUUCUGUAAUACUGAUAAUGAAGAAACUGUUUUUACAUCCGAGAUGUGUUUGAUGAAAGAAGAUAUGAAAGUGCUGCAAGACAGGCUUCUUAAGGACAUGAUAAACACUCGAGGGACCUGAUGAGACUGAAAACAUCAAACACAGCCUCUGGGACAAGGAAAGUCUUUAAGAACUUUAGGGGUAUAUUAUUCUCAUACUCAAACACAUCUGCAGACCACCAAAGAUACUUCUCCUCGCAUCACUGUGAUCCUCUGAGCACAUCAGUCACAAAGAACCAGGCAAGUUAGUCCAACACGUUCGCAUUUCUCCAAGUUGAUGCAAUAUCUGUGUACAUACUCAUACUCAGCAUAUGAAGAAUGAAGAACAAUUAGCAAAUUCCUUGCCUGAAUGUAUAAUUUUUCUCUUCCUGAAGGCUUUAAGUCUUCUGAAAAUUAAUAGAAGCAAGAAGGUGACAAAACUCUAUGGACACUCUUGGGCUUAAAUCCUGCCAGUCAAGUGUUUGAUCACAGACAAGAACUUACCCUCUCUCUGCUCACCAAAUGUCAUGCAGAGACUCUAUGACCUACUACCUCCUUGUGUUCUUCCUGCCUCUCUAGCUGUUCAGUUCAGACUUCUUAGGAGGUUCUCAGAGAUACCUCAAGCUGCACAAGUCCAGGGGGAGAAUCUAGAACCUUUUCUAUACUGUAGAGGCUUUCUUGAAUGCCUCUUUGUCCCCACUGUAGCUCUUUUUGUUUAAACUUGUCAGUUGAUCUCUUAUGGCAGCCUUGCCCACCUUUGAUUUAUCCCUUAUACCAAGGUUUCUCAAUUUCCACAGUCUUGACAUUUGGUACUAGAUAAUCCUUUGUUGUGGGGGCUGUUAUGUGCAUUGUGAGAUGCUUAGCAGUGUCCCUGGCCUCUACCAGUAGAUGCCAGUAGCAUCCCGAGUUGUGACAAUCAAAAAUGUCUCUAGACAUUGCCAAAUGUCCCUCGGGGCAAAACUGUCACCUAGCUGAGAACCACUUCUCAAUCUGACCCUGAAUUAUCUUUGAGAAACCAAUAUUUACUGCAGUAUACCCUUAAAUAGUUGAGGGCUCCUACUGUCUAUGAAUAAACUCCCUGGCAUGACAUAUUUUGCCUUUAUUAUAUCAUCCAACACCCCCCACCAGCACAGGCAGUUAGGUACC